AUGCGGGAUGCUGCGAAUAGGAUCGCCAGACAGAAUAACGGCACAGUGGACAUUGUGCUGGUGAUGCCGAGCAAGGACGCCUCCUCGCUCGGCUGCAGGCACGUCACCCACCUGAGGAGGUACGGUGUGCAAUUGCGAGAGGUGCCCUGGGUCAUCCCGCCGACGCUCCGCUGGUGGCCGUCGCACUGGUGGCCGGGGAAGCCGGACGGUUGGUGUGGGCCGCAGGACUUGGUGCGAUUGCACGUCUUGGGGCUCGAAGGGUACGAUGCGGUGGCGUUCUAUGACCAGGACGUCGAGUUCCAGGGAGACGUGUCCGCCAUCUUCUUGUGCGCGGCUUCGGGGGCGUUCAUCAGCACAACGGGGGGCGUGGAGGAGCCGCUGAACGUUGGCUUCUUCGCCGUGCGCCCCGACAGCAGGCUGCUUCGAGCAGCCGAGCUGUUCGCGGAGGUAGCAAACUUCAGCGAGAAGCCCUCCAGCCUGUCGCCCAGAGGAGGCUGGGCCGACAGCGGAUUCGCCCCUGCGGGCGGCUACUUUGUGGGCGCCGAGUGUGGCCAGGGCUUCUUCCACACGCUCCUCUACAAGAAGUCAGCCCCAGUGCUGCGUGCGCUCGCGGCCGCUGGGCUUCCGCCGGCUGGCGUCAGCGCUCUGCAAGUGGACCGGUGCGUGUGGAAUUACCAGACGGGCCACCAGUGCAGGCCAGCGUUUGACUGUGGAUCCGUCAGGGCCCACCACAAGCCCAACGGCGACGUAAAUACGCGCGACUGCAAAAAGCUGGCCUUUCGGCGCCCACAGGCAGUUCUGCCUGGGUCGGGAGACCAGGCCGACGACGACUUUCGUGAGCUGCGGCCUGGAGAAGUCUGUGUGCCGCAGUGCGUCAACGUCGGCGAGAAUUGCAAGUGCAAGAAGCCAGUAAAGACGGUACGGGUGCCUGGGAUGGUCCAUUCGUGCGAGGCAGUGGCCAGGAACCCCAGCGGCGAUAGGUUCGGAGUGCAGGCAGUUGACGGGAGUAUCGUUGUGACGCGCACGGAUUCGCAAGGCUGCUGGUGCGACUCGGAGCUAUAUGUGCAGUGCUGCGUCGCCCCUCCAGCGCCUCCUGAGCCGCGGCACGCAGUGGAGGGUAGGGGGGAUGUGGAGCUGGCUGCUCCAGAUGCCUUCACCCAGCCGAGCCUUCCGCGCCUCAGGAUUGGCCAGGCCUGCCAUGACUGCUGCAACGACGGCGAGAGGACGGUACCCUGCCUCGACGUGGAGGCCUGCGCGGUUGCGGCAGACGAGAAGGCGAGCGACGCUCGGAAGUUUGCCUUCGUUCUCGCGCACCUGGGGAGGCCGGGCUGGCCCUGGCUGAGCUUCGUCGGCAGCAUGCGGAAGCGUGCGGACGCGCUGGGCGCUGACAUUGUGCUGCUGAUGCUGCGGGAGGACGCUCGGGGCCUGGGCUGCCGGCACAGGAACCUGCUGCUCCUCUACCGCGUCCGCCUCGUCGAGGUGGACUGGGCUUUGCCUCCAACGCUGAAGUGGCACCCCAGCUACUGGUGGCCAGGGAAGCCCGACGGCUGGUGCGGCCCAAUGGACCUCAUUAGGCUGCACGCGCUUGGGCUGGAGGAGUACAGCGCCGUUGCUUUCUACGACUCCGACGUCGAGUUCCAGGGCGACGUCUCCGCGAUCUUUCGCUGCGCCUCCUCUGGCGUCGUCCUGACAGCCAGUGGGCUCAUGGCGCCUCUGAACAUGGGCUUCUUCGCCGCGCGUCCCGACAAGCGUCUGCUCCGCGCGGCGCUCCUCUUCGCCGAGAACGCCUCGUACGACGACAGGACAGGCUGGGCGGGCAGCGGAUUCGCUCCUGCCGGAGGCAGCUUCGUGGGCGCGGAGUGUGGCCAGGGCUUCUUCCACACGCUUUUCUACAAGCGGACCAGCGGGCUUGCCAGGAGCGCGCUCGCCGCGGCGGGGCUCGGCGGCCACGAGGCUCCUGCGGGCGUCGCGGCGGCGCAGGUUGACUCCUGCGUCUGGAACUACCAGACGAGCCAGCAGUGCAGCCCAAGCUUCGACUGCCGCCUUGUCCGCGUGCACCACAAGCCCGCUGGGGCGCCAACGGGCCGCGACUGCGGGAAGCUGGCCACGCGGGCGGACUACGUGCCCGAUCCCAGCGACGCCUCGGUCGAUUUCGCGAAGUCGCCGGCAGGCCCAGGCUCAGUCGGGCCAGCCUGUGAGCAGCGCUGUGUCCACGUGGGUGCCAACUGCAAGUGUGACGGGCCCAACAACGUGAAGAGCGUGGAGGCAGAUGGCGAGAUUGCCCACUGCGACGGCCAGGUCUUGAACUCGGCCGGCGACCGCUUCUCCGUCAGCUGGAGGGGUGCCACUCUCACGGUCCAGAGAACCGACGCAGAGGCAUGCUGGUGUGCGGAGGAUUUGGAGGUGCCAUGCUGCGUCAGGCCGAGAAAAGGCUCUCGAGUAUUUCGAUGCCUCCCUGGCACGAAUGCACGCGAGUUGUACAUUGACCGCAGCACCACGUUUCCAUGUCAUGGCUUUUUGAGCUAUCCAAGACGCCUCUUGUGA